AUGGCGGCGGCGGGAAGCGGACCAGGACCGGGAGUGAGCGCAGGACCCGGGUCGGCAGCGGCUGCCAAUGCAACACCAGCAGAAGAAGGGGAGACGAAGCCGGCAGCAGCCGUAGUGGCUGCUCCGGCCGGAGAAGGGACGUCUGCUGCUCCAGCCUCCGCGGAGCCCGGCUCCGGAGAGGCCGAAAGCGGUGAUGCAAAUUCGGUUGAUGUAAGUGGUGGCUUGGAGACAGAAUCCUCUAAUGGAAAAGAGACACUUGAAGGUGCUGGGGAUACUUCAGAGGUGAUGGAUACUCAGGCAGGCUCCGUGGAUGAAGAAAAUGGCCGUCAGUUGGGAGAGGUGGAGCUGCAGUGUGGAAUAUGUACCAAAUGGUUCACAGCAGACACCUUCGGCAUAGAUACCUCAUCCUGUCUACCAUUCAUGACCAACUACAGUUUCCACUGCAACGUGUGCCACCACAGCGGGAACACCUAUUUCCUCCGGAAGCAAGCAAACUUGAAAGAAAUGUGCCUUAGUGCUUUGGCCAACCUAACGUGGCAGUCCCGAACACAAGAUGAGCAUCCAAAAACCAUGUUCUCCAAAGAUAAGGAUAUCAUACCGUUUAUUGAUAAAUACUGGGAAUGCAUGACGACCAGACAAAGACCUGGGAAAAUGACCUGGCCAAAUAACAUUGUGAAAACUAUGAGUAAAGAAAGAGAUGUGUUCUUAGUAAAGGAACACCCUGAUCCAGGGAGUAAGGACCCAGAAGAAGAUUACCCCAAGUUUGGCCUUCUGGAUCAGGAUCUUAGUAACAUCGGUCCUGCUUAUGACAACCAAAAGCAGAGUAGUGCCGUGUCUACCAGCGGGAAUCUAAAUGGCGGCAUCGCAGCAGGAAGCAGUGGGAAAGGCAGAGGAGCCAAGCGCAAACAGCAGGACGGCAGCACCGCGGGGACCACCAAGAAGGCCCGGAGUGACCCUUUGUUUUCUGCUCAGCGUCUUCCCCCUCAUGGCUACCCCUUGGAACACCCGUUUAACAAAGAUGGCUAUCGCUAUAUUCUAGCUGAGCCCGAUCCCCACGCCCCUGACCCUGAGAAGCUCGAACUCGACUGCUGGGCAGGAAAACCGAUUCCGGGAGACCUCUACAGAGCCUGCUUAUAUGAACGGGUUUUGUUAGCCCUGCAUGAUCGAGCUCCCCAGUUAAAGAUCUCCGAUGACCGGCUGACUGUGGUCGGCGAGAAGGGCUACUCUAUGGUUCGGGCUUCUCAUGGGGUUCGGAAAGGUGCCUGGUACUUUGAAAUCACAGUGGAUGAGAUGCCGCCAGACACUGCCGCCAGACUGGGCUGGUCCCAGCCGUUAGGUAACCUUCAGGCUCCCUUAGGUUAUGAUAAAUUUAGUUAUUCUUGGCGGAGCAAAAAGGGAACCAAAUUCCACCAGUCCAUUGGCAAACACUACUCUUCUGGCUACGGACAGGGAGACGUCCUGGGGUUUUAUAUCAAUCUUCCCGAAGAUACAGAGACAGCCAAGUCACUGCCCGAUACCUACAAAGAUAAGGCUUUAAUAAAGUUCAAGAGUUAUUUGUAUUUUGAAGAAAAAGACUUUGUGGAUAAAGCAGAGAAGAGCCUAAAGCAGACUCCUCACAGUGAGAUCAUUUUUUAUAAAAAUGGUGUCAAUCAAGGUGUGGCUUACAAAGACAUUUUUGAAGGGGUUUACUUUCCAGCCAUCUCCCUGUACAAGAGCUGCACGGUCUCCAUAAACUUUGGACCAUGCUUCAAGUACCCUCCAAAGGAUCUCACGUACCGCCCUAUGAGUGACAUGGGCUGGGGCGCCGUGGUGGAGCACACUCUGGCCGAUGUCUUGUAUCACGUGGAGACGGAAGUGGAUGGGAGGCGGAGCCCCCCGUGGGAGCCCUGACCAAGUCCUUUUCUCUUUGCAGACACAGACUUUCUGGGGAAUUGUAUGAGGGGGGUGUUGUUUUUGUUUUCUAAAUGUUGCAAGUUUUCCCGAAGAUCCCACAGAACAGGGCCUCUGCUGUAGUAAGUUGAAGGUCGAGUGGGACUGGGAGAGAUCCCUGCCCUUCAUUACUCGCCCUUCCAGGAUGGCUUUCCCUGUGCACACCAGACUGCAACAGCUGCCGCCCUGGGAUCCCAUAAGCGCCCCGUGCAAAGGGCUGUACCACACACUCCACCCACCAGCUGAGACGUGCUGCUUCCUGUGUUUUCAGAGGACGGGGUCGUCUCGUCCAGUAGCUAACUUAUUUAGAGAUAUUUCCUUCUGUGGGCGUUGCCUGCCUCCCACCUGGUUCCCAGGAAGCAGUGGGCCCAUUUCUGAGAAGAGCUGGAAUCCACGACUACAUUCCAAAGCAGUCUAAAAAUGCUUUCCUUUUGGUAUGGGUGUGCUUUUAAUUUUGAGAUCAACUUUUGAACACUGGGAUCUCUGAAACUACUAGGUCCGUAGGACUGUCAUUGUGAAAGGCACUUGCUUGCAGCUUUAACAGUGAGAAGCUCUUCCCAAAUAAAACUUGUCUUCGAAUGUGUGUAGCACUUUGCUUCCCUUUCAGGUUGGGGUCCACGUGCUGACUGUUGGAAAAGUGGGCGCCUUAAGGAGCCAGCAUUGGCGAAGAGGCAGGUUUCUGUCUCCGCCCCGCCAGCUCAGCCCAGUCUGCCCUGUGAAACCAGACUCUCGAAAGCAGACGGAACUUCACAGGGUGCAUGGUCUCCCUCCAGCUCUUCCCUUUGAACUUGGCUGUUGAUCUGUGUGGAUUGUCUUCUUGCCUUGCUUCCCUUCCUUUGUAAUAGCUGAUGAUUAAAGGGCAGGUUUCAAGGACUCCCCUGGUGGCCUGGUGGCCACUACUCCAAGCUCCCAAGGCAGGGGCCCCAGGUUCGAUCCCUGGUUAGGGAACUAGAGCUCACCUACCCCAACUAUAAGAUUCUGUCUGCCUUAAGAUCCUAUGUGCCGCAGUGAAGACCUGGCACAGCCAAGUAAAUGUUUAAAAGAGAGCGGGGGGGCAGUUUUCAGAAAACUAAAAAUUGACAUGUAAGGAUGAGCCUUUCCCCUGGGGCCCACGUGUGUUUCCCUAUCUUCACUGCACCCACCCCCCAUCAUUUUUGUUGGGGGCCACACCACAGCUUGCAGAAUUUCCCCGACCAGGGAUUGGACCCGUGCCUCUGCAGUGACAGCGCAGAGUCCUGACCACUGGAGCACCAGGGACACCCCCCUUCCUCUUUCAAUCAGUGGCAGGGCAGUCCUCCCAGGAUUGCUGCAGACUCCCCUGCAUGUAACUUCCUACCUAGGUUAGUAGGUAGGGUGGUUCACCAAAAGGCCAGUAAUACGUUGCCAAGGAUCACCAUAUAUUAUGGCUGUUUAAGAAAUUAACCAAAUUUCAAGCGACUAUUUGUAUCAACGCAGAAGCUUUGAUUAUUUGUCUCUUAAUGAAUCACUGAGGUUCUUUGUUUUGGUCAUUCUACCUCCUAACAGGAAACCCAACAGACUCAGGCUGAGUUCUAUUCAUUGAUGGUGGGUCUUACAGAGCAGAAGUGGUUUUAAAGCUUCUGGAGCAACAGAGAGUGAAGAACUCUGAGUAAAUGAGGGUGGUGGUGUUUAGAGGAAGCAGGGGGUAAA